UAUCACAUGGGCCGUGCUGUGGACGAGGGAUUCAUCGCCACCACCACCGGAGCUAAUCCCGGUAGACUGGUGGCAGCACUGCGUGUUGUACCAAAUCUACCCUCGCUCGUUUAAAGACAGCAAUGGUGAUGGCAUCGGUGAUUUGAAAGGUAUCACACAAGAGUUGGAGCAUUUCGCUGAAGCAGGAGUGGACGCGAUAUGGAUGUCGCCAAUCUUCGAGUCACCCAUGGUUGAUUUCGGUUACGAUAUCAGUAACUUUUACGAGAUCCACUAUGAAUAUGGAACCAUGGAAGACUUCCAUGUCCUUCUUAACCGAUCUCAUGAAUUAGGAAUUAAGGUACUUUUGGAUUUCGUGCCGAAUCAUGCCAGCAAUGAGUCGGAAUACUUCAAGAAAUCAUUGGCGAGAGAACCAGGCUACGAAGACUUUUUCAUUUGGGCGGAUGGUCGAAUAGACCCAAACAAUAUUAGUAAUAUACUACCACCAUCAAACUGGGUAAGUCAGUUUGGUGGAUCAACAUGGGAGUGGAGAGAAGAACGGCAGCAGUACUAUCUUCACCAAUUCGCAAUCCAACAAGCAGACUUUAAUUUUAGAAACCCAGCCGUGAGGCAGGAGAUGAUAAACAUCAUGCAAUUCUGGCUCGAUAAAGGAGUUGAUGGAUUCAGAGUUGACGCACUUCCAUACUUAAUAGAAGCAGAUCCAGCUGAUCACGGGGGAAGAUACCCAGACGACCCCCUUAGUGGACAGAUACAGUUUGAACCGCACCAACUUGGUUAUACAAUACCCCUGUACACGAAAGACCUGAUAGAACUAUACGACGUCGUUUAUGAAUGGAGAGACUACAUAGAUCGAUACCUGGAGGAUCACCCUGGUGACACUCGAGUGCUCUUUUCGGAGGGUUACGCCAACGUUUCCAUGACUAUGCUAUACUAUGGCAACGAGAAGGGAGCGAUUGGAGCACAUUUUCCAUUUAACUUUGAUUUUGUCACGGAUCUCUCCUCCAGAUCUACUGCUAGAGAUUUCGUGUACAUUAUCCUUCGAUGGCUGACGUACAUGCCACAUGGAGCAACCCCAAACUGGGUGUUCGGUAAUCAUGACAAUAAUCGGAUGCCCACUCGGUUCCGCGAAAACAUGGUAGAUGGGCUAAAUUCUCUUAAUAUGCUGCUGCCUGGUGUAGCCGUCACCUAUCAGGGCGAGGAAAUCGGUAUGAGAGAUGGUUACGUGAGCUGGGAAGACACCGUUGAUGUGGAGGCCAUAAAUCGAGGAGACGAAGAUACCUACCUUCUAUAUUCACGAGAUCCAGCUAGGACACCGUACCAUUGGAACAAUUUAACGAACGCCGGCUUUUCCACUGCGAAUAAAACAUGGCUGCCUGUCGCUGAGGAUUACCCAGAAAUCAAUCUAGCUAAGCAGAAGGAGGAUCCACAAAGUCACUUUAAGGUUUACCAAGCUCUGACGGCUUUACGCAAAGAGAAAGCAUUGUCACACGGUGAAUACAGCAUCAGAGCUUUAUCAGACCACUCCCUUUACUUAGUGCGGUACCUGAGGACUUAUGACACGAUAGUGCUCCUGUUCAACGUAGCCGAUAACUCUGACGUCAUCAAUCUCAACAGAGUCAUGCACCUUAAACUACCAGCAACUGUUUAUAUAUCUAGCAUACAUUCUACUAGGAAAAAAGGUGACGUGAUUGAAGGUGAGCAGCUCACUCUGGCACCAGGAGAAGCCAUUGUGCUGAAAGCCGAACCUGUUUCAUAAAUUUAUGGACGCAUCUUCAGAGUCAAAUCAAACUCUAUUAU